UUUCUCGACAACUUUGUGUAGCAGUUUGAGGAUAAUUGUGCGGCCGGACUGCUGAGCGGACAAUAUGACUGAUACAGUACAAGACAAAGAGACAGAUUUUGAAGAUUCAACAGAAGAGGAUAUUGGAAUAAAUCUUCAGAUGCACCUUCUGUCAGAUGAUAGACGUAGGGAUCACUGUGAUUACUUAUUGGACGCAUUGGAUGAGCAACUUGACCAGCUACAGUCACAACCUAGUUUCAAGACUUCUUUGAGAACUACUGACAUCCCCAAAAACUCAAGUGCAACAGAUAAACAGCAACUGCAUGAAGCCCAUUCUUAUCAAGCUAAAGAGGACAAUCCCUCCGACGCCGGAGAACAAAGGAGAGACACAGACAGUAAGAAAGAGGAGUACAAAUGGAGGCUAUCCCAGCUUCUAGGUUCUGAGCAGGCAGUGGGUGAAGAAUACCAGAGUGACACCAACUCUGCGGAGAGUGUGUGCACAGAGGACUUUGCUGUACAGUUCAAGCAACGAAUGAUCGAACCAAUAGCAAGUUCAGAGGCUCAUGAAAAUGGACAGUACAACACUGGGAAAACGACUGUAGAUGACUCUGAAGGUGUAUCACUACUACUCCCAUCUUCUGAGGACAGCCCUGGAGACCAUCUCAACACAGCUAGGAGAGAAGACAUCCUCCAAAAGUUCAAAGAGGAGUUGGAGGACGACUUGCUAGCUGCUGUUACCAAAAAGGAUCAAGAGGAUCAAGCUUCAGGCAGAAACCGAGAGAGGAAAGAUAGUGUGGAGUCUUUAGGAGGACAGAUUUCAAGGCUGAGCCAAGCAAAUCAUUCUAAGUUUUCAAGCCUACAGAGUUUGGAGAAAAGUUCUGUUGUAAGCCACUUGUCAUCAAGAGGUGGUGAAGAUCACCAACCAGCUCUUUAUACCAAGAACUCCUCUGUAGGAGAGGACAUGAGCAGGACUGAACUUCCACACUCAACCAAGGCAGGCAGGGAGAUGAAUAUUUAUUCGUGUGAGGAGCAGAGGCAUUCUAAAGAAGCUCAUCAAACUGAAUGUAAAACCCCAAAUCUCAUGUUGAGUACCACUGGAAGUGAGGGUUGUCCUAAAGACACGUUGGAUGAAGGCUGGAUGAAUAGAUCUGAAGGAUUCAAGAAUGUUCUUCUAAUUCCCACAAAAGAAGAUGCAAGGUGUACAGAUACAGUCUGUGAAGUGAUUGACCCGAGUGUGCUCCUAAGGUGUAUGGACAGGAAGGAUGACGCCGGAGGAAGUCCAUUACUUAGUAAGAAAUCAUUAUACUGUGGAACAGAAAUGGGAAAAGCAAACUGCACCGUCAGUUUGAGACAAAACGACCGAGCGGAAGAUCUCAUCCCUGUGGACUCCUCAGUGACAGAAGAUAGCAAAGGUUCUCCUGUAUACAAGCAUGUGGCCGGUGUUGCUUUGAAGAGUUUUGAUGCCGUGACUGUUGACAGUGAUUUGGACUCUGUGACAACGGAAAGAGUCCGAGAUCACAUCCGUAAAGCUUUGGGCAACAGCAAAGGAGAUUCCAGUCACAAAACCAGAAGAUUUACACGCAGUAAAAGUAGCUCUGGGAGAUAUCCUGACUUUAGCAAAGUAUCCACAGAUGAUGAAGAAGACUUUGAUAGACCAUUUACAAACAGAGAACUAAAGGAUGACCUUUCUAAACGAUGGAUCUCCAGCACUCUUAAAUCCGCAGAGUCCUCCAGAGAUAGCUGUGCAAAGGGCAUACCCAGUGACAUACUGUGCUCCCCUGAGCAAGCACAGAGCCGGAGAAUCACAGAGAAACUCGCAACUGAACGGGUAAUACUGGAGGAAACUAUUGCCAAACUCCGUAGGGAUGUAGCAUGUGAAGAAGAGAGAUUGUCACAAAGAAGAUCCCAGAGCAGAGAAGCAGAACAGAUGUUUAAUGAUACCCUGCACCAGAAAAAGGAAGCUUAUCAUGAGCUGCAGUCCCUACGUGAUGUACUAGAGAGUACUCAGAAAGAAGUCCUGAAGAUGGAGUCACAUGUGAGGGAGAGCCGGAUCACAGAGGACGACGUCAGGCGUGAGCUAGUGAUCCUGGAGUACAAACGCAGCGAGUACAUGAAGGAACUGCAGGAACUAGAGCUGGAACUGGAAUCUAUACGUCAGCAAUGCUCCAGUACGCACAACGGCCAAGUAGUCAGCUUCCAGUAUGAGAUCUCUUCUUUGAAAACGGAGAGAGACGAGUUAAAAGCUCAUCUGCGGCAUCUGGAGGGAAGUCUGACAUUUAUGGAAAGGCAGGAAUUAGAACGUCAACUGAACAAUACCAAGUCAGAACUGUUCUCUGAGCAAAGAACAUCCAGAUCAAAGAUAGAGAAGCUGCAUGAGAAUUUAGAGGAGUGUCAGAGUAAGCUGGACGGAUCAAGGGCGGAUUGUGCUGAGAAGCAGGAGAAGAACAGGCAGCUGAAGGCACAACUGCGGGAACUUGAGAAGAAGUAUGAGACCCAAAUCCAGAGUCAGGCAGAAGAAGCCAGUGAACAAAAAGACGCGUCCGACCAACAGAUCGCUGAACUAAACACCCAGGUCCAGGAACAAGGCACAAGAACUGCUUCCCUUGAGAAGAUCCUCUCUGAGAAAGAGCUGGACCUGCUGAAGCUGAGAGACGUUAUAUCCUCAGUGAAAGCAGAGAAGGAAGCCCAGGUGCUGGCCGCAGAAGUUCUGAAAGAAGAACACAAAAAGCGGCUGCUUGACCUGCAGCUCCAGCAUCAGCAAGACAAGGAUUUACAUAUUUCUAAACUGAAGGAAGAAAUGCAGAGCCAAAAACAAAAGGCAAUCCAGCAGUUUGCAGAAAAUAUGGAACAAGUGAAAGCAAAAGCUCUUCAGGAUCAAGCAGAAUCUUUGAAAAAGGAAAUGGAUAAAGUGGUCAAUUCUAUUGAGAUUAAAGAUAAAGAAAUUGAAAGAUUGAAGGAGACUCUGAAGUCACAGAAAGAAUCAAUGAAGAAACUGGCUGUAGAGCUCAAACAAGAAGCAAGGGAAAUGGUGCACAACACUUUGCUGCGAGAACAGAAAAAGUGGGAAAAUGAAAAAAGAGAUGCUCUUCAGAUACAAAGACACACAUUGGAGGAAGAGAAACUCAGAGAAAUGGCAGACCUGCGGGAAGCACUGGAAAGAGAGCACAGGACGUCUAUGACACUGGAAAAGAAAUGUGCUGAUCUCCAAAACAUAAUUCAGGAGCAUGAAAUUCACCAGAGAUCUCUACAGCGCGAGAAGCAAGAAGCUUUAGAAGAACUUCGUGCUAUCCUGAAAGAAGAGAAACAAGAGGAGAUGCGGAGGCUCCAGCUCGACCUUGCACAAGAGAAGGAGCGGGACAUUGAGCGUUUCAAGCAGCGGCUGCAGCAGAUGGAGGAAGAGCAGCAUGAGCUCAGGGCUGAAAAGAAUGAAUCCAUUUUCAGAGAACGAGAAGCAAUGGCCCAGGCUGAGCGAGCGGAAAGGGCCCUUGCCAGGGAGAUCAAUGCAGCUUGUGAACGCAUGCAGUGCACUCCGGGGAGGACUAAAGCACAGAGUCCAUCACGAAGUAGACAUGAGAGUCCUUCUCACCCUUCCAACCCUUCCACCAACCAAGCAUUGAAAGUGCUGCAUGAAGUAAGUGAGGAAACCAACCAGUUGAUUCGCGAAUUACAACAAGAAGUAGAAGCUCAGAAGCGCACGUUACUGCUUGUACAAAGAGAGAAGGAACGUGAGUUUCAGCAACUAAAAGAACUGAUGCAGCUAGAGAAGGAGAAAGCUGUGGAAAUGCUAAAAGACAGACUCAUACAGGAACACAUAGAGGAAAUCACAAAUCUGCAGCGGGAACAGCUGAGGGAGUCGAAUGGAGGCGAGAACCAGUCUAUGCGGCAGCAGCUCAGAGAAAAGGACAAUGAGCUGAGAGCCAUCCAGAGGAAUAUGGCCAAAUGGAAAGAUGACACUGCCACAAAACUGGCUCGGAAAUUUGAAGAGGAACUUAAUGCAGAGCUUGAAAAGAGUUUGUCUAGGAGUAAAGCCUCAGAAAGUCACAGGAACCCAGAGAGAACUGGAUCGGUUGUCCGGAGAUUGUCCUUGGAAAGGAAAGACAGUUCCCAUCUGCGGUCAGCCUCCAGCCCAUCACUCAAUGGUGCAGUGUCGCAGCAUGAUUUCAGUGCACUGAAGAUUCUGCGCAAUUUACAAGGGAGAGUGAAGGAACUGCGGGCAGAUAAUGGAGGAUACCAUGGUAGGAGCAUGGAGGAUCUGAGUAUGCUAAGGACUGACAUGGGAGGCUCGUACCGAGAGAAAAGACCAAUUAUAAUGGAACGAUCCAUAUCACAGACUCAAGGAUAUAUGAGGAAAUGAAUGCUGUCGGGUCACGAGAGAAAGUGAAACAUCAGGGUUAGAAGCAAUAGCGAUGAGAAGCCGUUCAUCCCUUGGGGCCACAAAGUGCCAAUAUAUACAAAAUGUCUAUUUUACUUAACUAAUUUCUACUAAUUUUUGCUGAUUCCUUCCGUACAUUCACCAGUCUAGAACAGCAGCAUCCUCCAACGUGUGCAGGUUCACUCUGGAGAAGCGUAAGGGAGCCUUCACACCAGGCCGAAAAUGGAAAAUCGCUUUCAUUCAUCUGAAUGGCGCUGCUUUGGCGGGAAGCACGCGGAUUUAUACAAGCCCUGUUUAGAAGAAUGGAACCGAUUUUUAGGCUACUUUCACACUCGCGUUUUGGCUUUCCGUUUGUGAGAUCCUUUCAGGGCUCUCACACGCGGUCCAAAACAGAUCAGUU